UCAGAAGCUCAAAUUCACUUCAAGCAGCAACAUCUCGCUUUCAAAUAAUAUUUAAUUUUUUCUUGAAAUGGAGUCGUAUAAUCUACCGAUGCCUAGCAUUAAGUUGCCGACUCGAGUGCAGCCGGAGGUGAUGCCGGAGCCAGGCGAAGCUGGUAUGUACACCAAUAAAAUACACUAUUUGCGGAAGUAUCUGCUCGACGAGCUGGUCACUAAGAAGUUUGCCAUGGACUUCAUGGAGCCCGUGGACACAGCGAUACUGCAGGUGCCCAACUACUACACCGUCAUAAAGCGCCCGAUGGACGUGGGCACGAUUAUCAAGCGGGUGCAGAAUCGCUACUACCAUCGCGUGGACGAUCUGAUCAGUGACUUCCAAUUGGUCAUUAGCAACUGCUUCACGUUCAAUCGCCCGGGGGAUGUGGUUUACCGCAACUGUCAGAAGCUGGAGAAGUUCUUUCAUCGCGUGCUCAAUAAGAUGCCCAAGGGCGAGGAGAAGCCCAGCACCAAGGAUCCGCGUGCCCCCGGCCGACAGCAUGGCUACGAGAAGGCAUCGGAAAUCGUGCAGCGGCAGUGCCAGGAGCACCUGGCCAAGCUGCAUAUAGCUAUCUCCAAGGAGGAUGACCCGAGCAUCUGCAAAUACUUUAGGGCUAAGUUCGAUUGCCUGUCGCAGAAAGUGGAUAGAUUCUACUUCAAGACCAUCGAGGAGUUCCGCUUUGAGGUGACGGGCAUCUUCAAGAACUUCGACAACCACAUUAGGACGUUCCACGAGCUCUUCCACAGGACCUGUGAUCAGGACACACAACAGUACUUGGCGAGCUGCAAGUGGUCUCGCGAGCUCGAUGGCAAUAAGUCGGCGGCCGCGGCCGACUCGACUUUGAAAAUGGACAAACGCGAUAUAACCGAGGUGCUCCAUGCACUCAAGAGAGCUGAGAGCAGCGUGGAGCACUGCCUCAAGUCUUACACCAAGGACAAGGCCAACCGUGCCAAGGGCCUGAUCAACGCGUUCGAGGCCACCGCCGACAAACUCAAAGCGAAGCUAUCGACGGGACGCAAGGUUGAAACAACUAGAGACGAUAGAAGGAGGGAAGCACAAAUAUUUUACAAUAAACUCCCAGAUGAGAGCAGUGAGGAGCAGUCAUCCGAGCAGUCCGACGAUGAGGAUGAGCCCAUGGAAGAAGAGAAUCCGGCAGUACAAGUUUUUAAAAACGAUUGUGCCAGCAUGGAUGCAGAUUCCGAUUCAGAUGCAGAUGCAAAUGGAGAUGGAGAAAGAGAUGGAGAUAGAGAUAGAGAUAGAAAUACAGGUGCAAAUGCAGAUGAGGAAUCAGAUGCAGAUUCAGAUGCAGGAGCAGAAGCAGAUGCAGAUCCAGAUGAUGAAUCAGUUUCAGAUGCGGAUGAUGAAUCAGAUGCAGAUGCUAAAGCUGCUGCAGCAGUGGGUGCAGAUGCUAAUGCGAAUGCAGUUAAGGCUGUAGAUGCAGAGGAAGAUGAAGAAUCAGAUUCGGAAACAGAUGUAGAAUCUUCUACAGAUACAGAUGACGAAUCGGAUGCAGCUGCUGGUGCAGCUGCAGUUGUAGAAACUAAUGCUAAUGCAGUUGCAGAAACUGAUGCUAAUGCAGUUAAGGACCUAGAUGCUGCUGCAGGAGCAGCUGCAGCUGCCAUUCCCACUCCCGCUCCCACUCCCACUUCAAAUGAAGCUGCUUUAAAAACGAUGAAUUCAACGCUCUGGUCUGACCUGCAACUGACCAGCAGCGAAGACAGCGAAGAUAGCGCAGGAAGUGCAGAAAGUAACUGAGGGGAAUCAUCGUAGUUGCCUCGGAGUCCGAUUUCACAUAUCUGACAAAUACAUAAAUAUAAUAAUUAUACAUCAUUACAGAUAUCAGCUUUAGCACAAAUUUGAAUACUCACCCAUCAACUCACAUGGCGCAGUGCAGCAGCUCCAAAGUUGUGGCUCGUUCCAGGGCAAUGACACCGACACAGCCAAUAAAUGGAACACCUUUUUGAUGGGGCGACCCAUCGACGUCAAAGGCGCCCAAAUGUAGGCAAUGUGCGAACUUUACCAAUCGAUAAAAGUUUCAACUUCACGUGCAACACCAACACCUACCCGCUGCUCCAAGUUUCCGCCUUGUUAGUGGGUAAGUUAUUUGCCCCAGCCUGCUUGUGUGUAGAUAAGGCUUAGCGGCUGCUACCUGGUCCACCCUAAAAAAAAAAAAACACCCAAAGGUCCUCGAAUGCAAAUGUCCAGUUGUGUUUACCACUCAAAAUACGUUUAAUUGCGGGAUAUCUGCCGACUCAGCCUGUUGGCUGCACAUAAGGAAAAACGAAUUGGAAAAGAAAAUGGAAAAUGGAAAUUCAUUGAUUUUCAUUUUGGUGAGGGCAGAAAAUAUAUCAAAUAUAAA